CAUCCAGAUCCGUCCAUCCCAUUCCCCAAAUCCUCCACGCGCACACACACACACACACCAGAGACGAAAACACAACCAGCCAUGGCGCUCAGCACGUUGGCCACGAAGAGAACCCUAGGCCUGGCGCUCGGCGGCGCGCGGAGGGGCGUGGCGACGUUCACGCUCCCCGACCUCCCCUACGACUACGGCGCGCUGGAGCCGGCCGUCUCCGGCGAGAUCAUGCGCCUGCACCACCAGAAGCACCACGCCACCUACGUCGCCAACUACAACAAGGCGCUCGAGCAGCUCGACGCCGCCGUCGGCAAGGGGGACGCGUCCGGCGUCGUCCACCUCCAGAGCGCCAUCAAAUUCAACGGCGGCGGUCAUGUUAACCAUUCAAUCUUCUGGAAGAACCUCAAGCCUAUCAGUGAGGGUGGUGGUGAGCCACCUCAUGGCAAACUUGGCUGGGCCAUUGAUGAGGAUUUUGGUUCUAUUGAGAAACUUAUAAAGAAGAUGAAUGCAGAGGGUGCUGCUUUACAAGGGUCUGGAUGGGUGUGGCUAGCUUUGGAUAAAGAGGCCAAAAAGCUUUCAGUUGAAACUACUCCUAAUCAGGACCCUCUUGUGACCAAAGGCGCAAACCUGUAUCCUUUGUUGGGAAUUGAUGUCUGGGAGCAUGCAUACUACCUGCAGUACAAGAACGUGAGGCCGGACUACCUGACCAACAUCUGGAAGGUGGUGAACUGGAAAUACGCAGGAGAGGAGUAUGAGAAAGUGCUUGCGUGAUUUGAUUUGUGAGAAUGGACAGACAGUACCUCGCUCUUGAGUUUCCGGCUGUUGGAUCUUUUGUAUAUGCAAUAAUAAAAUCGGGCAGUACUCCACUGUAGGGGCCCUUCUACUCGUACAUUGCAUAGAGGUGGACUAAUGUCUAAUGCACAGUACAGUGCCUGCCCUGUCCAUUUUGGUACUAGCACUUACGUAUUACUGUGCAUGCGUGUUUAAUACAGUCAUUCGACUGUCAUGUCCUUUGUGCGCACGUAUUGGUGUGGAUGGGUGAUAAUAAUCUGCCCGGCUUUCGAUCG